AGGGCAGGUACAGCAGGCUGUUCUUUUGCAUAGAGAGUUCAGAUCCGCACCUUUGUGCUGCUGUUUCAUGCAGGAGAGAGCACAGACACCUUUUCUCUUUCUGGACUCAGGAAAACCGAGGAUUCUUUCACUGAUCAUGAAGUUUCCAGAGUCUGCUGCGCUGUCAGAAGAAGGUUUUCUUGUCUGAGCAACAUGGUCGACAGUCACUCAACUUUUCACAGUGAAGGUGAAGGAAAAGCCUGUCGCACAUAGAGAUUCAGAGGGGACCUGGCAUCCAUGGAGUCCAAUCUGUCCUGCCUGUCUUCACUGACAGAAGACGACAAUGUGGUUUACAUUCAGCCACAUUACAAAGAAUCCUACCGCCUGGCCAUUUACGCUCUGCUCUGCGGGGGCAAGGAGGCCUACGAGGAGUUCCUCCGAGCCGAGCAGAUCAGCCACUUCCUGUCAGAGGAGGAGAUCUUCUUCAUCUUGGAAAAUGCAGAGUUACCGGUUGUGGAGGACGAAUCCGAAGGGAAGCGGGUCACAGACGAGGUCAGCCCCUCCACCUACUUCCCAACAGAGUCGGAUGAGGAGGUGCCAGACCUGGACCUGGGCUGGCCGGAGGUCCUGCUGGAGGAAACGGACACCAGCAUCAGCCUGCUGUUUCACCCGCCCAGACAAAACACACCGACCAUUAAAGAAGUGGUUCGCAAACAGAUUCAGGAGGCGAAGCAGAUUAUUGCCAUAGCGAUGGACGUCUUCACCGACGUGGACAUCUUUAAAGAGAUCAUCAGCGCGACGCUGAGGGGAGUGGUCGUCUACAUCCUCCUGGACGAUUCCCACUUCAGGAGCUUCCUCACCAUGUCACGCAGGGUGGGCGUUCACCUCCAGGACUUCAAGAACAUCCGUGUUCGGACAGUUCGGGGGCAGCAGUACCAGUGUCAGUCUGGGGUGAAGUUUCAUGGAGGUUUGGAGCAGAAGUUUAUUCUUGUGGACUGCCGAACAGUUUUGUACGGGACUUACAGCUUCACGUGGACGUAUGAAAAGAUUAACCUCAGUAUGGUCUUGGUGGUCACUGGUCAGCUGGUUUGCUCUUACGACGAGGAGUUUCGAAGACUCUACGCUCGCUCCGUAGUUCCUGCAGUUCUGUCCAGGGAGAGGCCAUCUGUCCAGCACCUGAGAGACACUAUGGCUUUUCAGAGCCCAAACUCCAGCCAACUUUCCCUUCACCAAAUUCACAUGAAAUCCAGAGUGAUGCACGGCAUGAGGCAUGCUCAGGAUGAUAAGUUUAAUAACCUAACCAGGGGUUUGAGUGUGCAGGAGAGGCUGCAUCAGUCUCACAGUCCUGACAUGGGGAAUCUGAUGCGGGGGCACAGUUAUGGCGGAGAACUGCAGAAGUUAAACUCCAUGACUCGGCUGAGGAUGGGGACCAAGGACAUCGGAGUGCCCGGUGCUCCUGAGAGGACAAAUUCAAACCUGAGAGGGGGCGGCGACUUGCUGCUUACAAACCGGUUGUCUCAGCAGCAGCUUCGGCAUCACACUCGCUAUGGUGCAGACCAGAAUCUGAUACCGUUCAACUCUGAAACAUCACUCCACAGGUGGAAGAUCGACACAUACCUUAAUGAGAGCAACAUGCCUCUAGAUGCGUCAUGUGAUCCGAUAUCCCCCAUGACAUCCCCAUUUAGCAGUCACACGGGCUUAAAUGAGCUUCAGUCACAGCUGAUUCACAGCAGGUCGUGGGAUAUUAAGACCAGGAUGGAGGAAAUGAGGCAGAAGCGGCUCAGUCUGCAGGAAUAUGCCAAUCUCAGGCAGAGCCAAGAGUCCUUGAGGUCUAUGUAUUCCACUCUAGAAAGACCUAAAUACAUGUCUUCAUUGAGAGGCCUGGGCAUGAGGCAGAGCAUGAUGGAAUUAGAACCAAAUGCACAAAAUGGUUGUAGCAUGGAACCAGCCAACCACAAAGUCAGUGAGCCAAACAAGGAAGGUUAUAAAAGAGAGCAAAUCCUCACUGACGGUCAUCGCUCUGCCUCCCACUAUGAUGUCAAAACAGUUAACGAUCAAAAGACAGUGCAAACCUACGACUGGUAUGAACCUCUAUCCAGGACAACAUCAGCUGCUGACUUAGAUACGAAACUGAACGAUCCAUCACUCAAGCUCUCGCAUAUGCAGUCCAGCGGUCUCAGUGUCCAGCACCCGAGAGCAAUGGAGUCUUUGAUUGAAAUCCCUGAGGAAAAAGAGGGUUCAAAUACUCGUGUCAACACUUCGGACUCUGCUGCAGUCAACAAUGGAUAUGAGGAAAUUUGCAGAGACGAAAUAGUUGUUCCAAAGAAGAACUCAGAGAAAUCAAGCACACCUGCACAAUCACAAUGUCAAGAUCAAGCCAGACGAAGCCAUGGUUCUGUGGGUAAGUUGGCCAACAGUUCAGCCUCAGCCGCUACUGAGGAAGGAAAGAAAUCAGUAUCUACUGAAGUAGAAAAGAUUCCAAAGAUUUUAAACACAUCUGCAGCAUUUCAGCAUGCAGUGGAAGCUAAGAGUAGUCACGCAGAAAAGCAGCGAGAGGAACCAACGCUUCAGAGGAAGAAUUCCAUGAGAAUGAAAGUACAAUCAGUGCUUUCAUCGGACGAAAAGAAAGCAUCCAAAAAAGAGGAGAAGUCUCUCCAAAGAAGGGCCUCAGUUAGAUCACAGAAUCCAUCAGGAUCUAACCAAACCCUCAAGGCAGACCAUUCACAGGCAUCUGCUGCAGAGCAAACAACAAAGAAAGGUCAAUCGCCAAGCAGUUCCCGGUCACAGAAAUCUGCCGGUAGUACAACAGAGACUGAGAAGCAUAAAUCUGCAUUUCCAAGAUUAUCUCCUCACCGUUCAAGCAAAAAAAAGACGAACUUUGCAGGAGAGCAGGAUAGAGGCUCAAAGAGCACCUUGGAUGACGAGAAAGCAACUGUCUUUCAAACCAGGAAAGUUUACAGCCGAUACGAGUACUUGCUCAACAGAGAGAGUAUUCCUCGGGAUAAAUCCAUGAGGAUGGCAAACAUGUAUCCCUCAGACAAAGACAGAAGCUCUUCCCUGAACAGGCAUGACUCUGGCUAUCCAGAGUAUCAGACACAAAGUGGCCCAGACAACAAACUGGGACGAUUCAUGCAGCGAGUAGGAAAUCUCAUAGGCAAGAAUAAGUAGAGAUGCAGGAAGAGUAGAGGGAUGCUCAGAUAUGAAAACAAAGUUCUUUGUAUUGUUUAUUGAUUUUGGCUCUGACACAGAUUAUUUGUGGUCACCCUUGCAGUGUACUACAUUUUUCCUUUGAUGUUUUCAUAAUGUGGCUAAGAUCUUACCAAGGAAGAUAUUUAUCAUUGAUGCCAAAACGCUGGAUGUCAUGUACUGGGUAUCUGGCACUAAAUAAGUGUUCUUGUAUUACCCUGUUACCCUGAACUGAAUGUUACAGGGAAACAAGGUCAAUGUGAAAAUACUAGUCAGUCAAGUUGUUUACCAAUCAGGUUAAAGCAGGGUGAAUGUGACAGUACCGCUUCUAGACACUAAACAACAUUUUAUCAAGGUAGUUGAACUGUAAAAAAUGUUGUUAUAAAUACGUUGGUCUUUAUAUAUUGAAUGUGUUUGUUCUCUCUGAAAGUUUAGGUCUCGUGAUGUUCUAUAUUUUUCUUAUUGUCAACAAAUCCCAUGACAAGACCAAAACUAACAACAAAUGUAUCCUGCUGACAGGUAUUGUCCAAAACCUGUGCACCAUGGAAGCUCCAUUGUCCAACAACUAUUAAAAACACAUCAUUGAGCCAAACUGUGGCACUGGGUGACAUGUUCCUUCAUCACAGUAAACUCAUUCACUCUAUUUUAUCUCCACACACUCCAUCAUGCUGCUGUUAACACUCACUAGCCUACCAAAUUUUUAUUACUCCACCACUGGAAAUAGUACCAAAUAAAUGCACUAUUUCCUCCUGUUUGUGUAACAUUAGCAGCCCUAAGAGACUGGUUUGUUCAUUACACAUCAGAUAACAAAACUGUUGAAUGGACUCAAAAUGGAAAGACAACUUCUUAACACUAGGUUUACAGUAUAGUGUAGCUUUUUUUAUAUUAGUUGAAUGUACUCAUCAACUGUAGAGUGGCAGCUACAGCGGUAUUGUUCUUCAAAACAAUAAAAAUGUACACACAACAAAAUUGCA